AUGCCCGGAAAGGUGCUCCUCGCCUAUUCUGGAGACACCUCCACCAUCCUCGCAUGGCUCAUCGACGAGGGCUACGAUGUCAUUGCCUUCAUGGCCGACGUCGGCCAGGAGGAGGACUUUGAGGCUGCCCGCUCCAAGGCGCUCAAGUGCGGCGCAAAGGACUUCAUCCUCGCCGACCUCAAGCGCGAGUUUAUCGAGGAGCUCAUCUUCCCCGCCGUCCAGGCAAACGCCAUCUACGAGGACGUCUACCUCCUUGGCACCUCGCUCGCCCGCCCUGUCAUCGCCCGCGGCAUGAUCGAGGCCGCCGAGCAGACCGGCUGCGAGUACGUCUCCCACGGCUGCACCGGAAAGGGCAACGACCAGGUCCGCUUCGAGCUCGCCUUCUACGGCCUCAAGCCCGACAUCAAGGUCAUCGCCCCGUGGCGUAACCCCGAGUUCUACAACCGCUUCGCCGGCCGCAGCGCGCUGCUCGAGUACGCCGAGUCCAAGGGCAUCCCCGUCACGCAGACCAAGGCCAAGCCGUGGUCGACCGACGAGAACCUGUUCCACAUCUCGUACGAGGCCGGCAUCCUCGAGGACCCCAACACGACGCCGCCCAACGACAUGUGGAAGCUGACAAAGAGCCCGCAGGAGGCGCCCGACACGCCCGAGAAGAUUGUCAUCGAGUUCACCAAGGGCAUCCCCACCAAGGUGUCGGUGGGCUCGACGGGCAAGGAGCACACGGACCCCGUCGACGUCUUUCUCACGCUCAACGCCCUGGCGCGCGCCCACGGCAUCGGCCGCAUCGACAUUGUCGAGAACCGCUUCAUUGGCGUCAAGUCGCGCGGCUGCUACGAGUCGCCCGGCGCCACGAUCCUGCGCGCGGCGCACCUCGACCUCGAGGGCCUGACGCUCGACCGCGAGGUGCGACGCACGCGCGACCAGCUCAUCACGACCAAGUUCUCUGAACAGCUCUACUACGGCUUCUUCUUCUCGCCCGAGUGCGAGUUUGUGCGCUCGUGCAUCCCGGCGUCGCAGAAGACGGUCAACGGCCAGGUCAAGCUGGCGCUCUACAAGGGCAACGUCAUCGUCGAGGGCCGCUCGAGCCAGGAGCUGCUGUACGACGAAAAGUUCACCAGCAUGGACGAGCAGGGCGGCUUCGACUCGGCGGCCACGUCGGGCUUCAUCACGGUCCAGGCCAUCCGCCUCAGGCGGUACGGCCUUGGCCUCCAGGAGCGCGGCCAGGCCGGGAGCGACCGCAAGACGGCGUAUGCCAUCCGACCCAACUGA